AGGCCAGGAGACCCCUUCUCUGUGAAGGACAGAGACACAGUCCUGCCCUCUGCCCCCACCACAUAUUGACUGAGUCUCCAACUCAGUUUCCACUCUGUUUACUGUCCAAAGUCCCAGGGGCAGGAGAUGCCAAGUUAGACGCGCUUGGACGCUCAGGUACACGGGUUCAGGGCCCUUCCCUGAACUAGUGCUCACCCCUUCCCUCCUCUCUUCCAGCACCACCUGGCCCCCAGUUCUCCUGGUUCAAGCUUUCCUGCGUCCUGGGGCCUGGGCAGCCUUCUAGACCUUGAACAGAUCCAACCCAAGCCAUCACCUGGACCCACUCUGAGCCUACAUCCAUCAGCCUCCACCUCAAUUAGCAUCUUAGCACGAGCAUCAGCCCCAAUUCAGUCCCAGCCCUAAAGCAUCCCCGAGCCCAGGCAGGGUCCAGCUACACCCAGGACCCAGCAUGGCCAGGGACUUCCAGGACAUCCAGCAGCUGGACUCCGAGGAGAACGACCACCAGCUCGGCAGAGGCGAGGGCCCAGACACUCGUGGACACAGCCCGGGGAGAGAAGAACCAUUCUGGAAAGCAGGUCCACAAGCCUUUUCAACAGGCUGCGUGGGACAGAGGCCUCACCCACCUACACCCCUCUGCCCCUUCAGGUCCCACCAGCUGCCUGGGAUGCCUCCUCCCCAGCCUCUCGUGCUGCAGCGUCUCUGCUCCAAGUUCCGCCUUAGUCUGUUUGUCCUGGUCUUCAAUGUCCUGCUGCUGGUGGCCAUCUGUGUGACAGGGUCCCAAAGAGCACAGCUGCAAGGGGAGCUGCAGACCCUACAGGACACUUUCAGCAACUUCUCGUCGAGCACCCUGAUGGACAUCCUGAAUCUCACCUCCCACGGAGGCUUCGCCAGUGACAAGGUGAGACUGCUGGAAACCAAGCUGGAAAAGCAGCAGGAAGACAUGAAAGCAGAUCACGCCACUUUGCUGCUCCAUCUGAAGCACUUCCCCACGGAUCUGCGCACACUAACUUGUCAGAUGGCACACUUCCAGAGCAACGGCACAGAAUGCUGCCCAGUGAACUGGGUGGAGUAUGAUGGCAGCUGCUACUGGUUCUCUCGCUUGGGGAAGCCCUGGCUCGAGGCUGAGAAGUACUGCCAGCUGGAGAAUGCCCACCUGGUGGUCGUCAACUCCAGAGAGGAGCAGAAGUUCGUUGUGCAACACUCAAACCCCUUUAGAAUCUGGAUAGGUCUCACCGACAGCGAUGGCUCCUGGAAAUGGGUGGAUGGCACAGACUACAGGCACAGCUACAAGAACUGGGAUCCCGCUCAGCCCGAUAACUGGCGGGGUCACGAACUGGGGGCCAGCGAGGACUGUGCAGAGAUCAGACGGGAUGGGCUCUGGAAUGACGAUUUCUGCCAGCAAGUGAAACGCUGGGUGUGUGAGAUGAAGCGGAACAUCACCAUAUAGCCGCCCACCUCCCCCAGCCUCCAGCAGACCUCCGCCCCGCAAACUCCCCUGCCUGGGCAUUUUGAAGAAAGGAAGGAGAGGAGAGUCUUCAGAAGCAUGGGGAGAGCUUGAAGAGGGAUAGAAGCGGGGACGCUGAAGAAGCUCUGACCCUGGGGAGACUGCUCCUGCCUUCUUCUGAAAUUCACUGUGAUUAUUAUUAUUAUAAUUUUCAGCUUCCUCA